GACACUCCUCUCAUUAGCUUCUCCAGCAAGCCUUGCCUGAGACAACAUUAGUUUAGUAUUGUUUUUGCCGAGCAUCCAAGAACAGCUUGUCUCUCUGGACCUCAGACGUCUCAGAAGAUUUUAUGAUGGUUAAAUGUCAUAAAAGUCAGAAACAGGAGGGGAUUGGCUCUUACAGGAGUUAAAAUGCCAAGUGCCAAGUUGACUGCAUUUUCCCCAGUUGAAUUCACAGUGUCCACUAUAGAUAAAAUGAGUUGUAAGGAAGAGGAGAAUGCUUGCAUCUGGAAGAAACAAACAAAUAACAUACGUGAUACCUUUGUAUUUAUGGAAGUUCUCGGAUCCGGGGCCUUUUCAGAGGUGUUUCUAGUAAAGCACAGGGCCACCGGACAUCAUUAUGCAUUAAAGUGCAUAAAGAAGGUGAACAGUGCAAGAGAUCGGAGCUUGGAAAAUGAAAUUGCAGUGUUGAAGAAGAUUAAACAUGACAACAUAGUGACACUUGAAGACAUCUAUGAGAGCUCUUCACAUUUCUACCUCGUCAUGCAGUUGGUAUCCGGAGGAGAACUCUUUGAUCGUAUAUUAGAACGGGGAGUUUACACAGAGAAAGACGCCAGUACCGUAAUCCGUCAAGUUCUCUCAGCUGUAAAAUAUCUUCAUGACAAUGGUAUUGUUCACAGGGACUUAAAGCCAGAAAACCUUCUUUACCUCACGCCAGAUGAAAACGCAAAGAUUAUGAUCACAGAUUUUGGUCUUUCUAAGAUGGAGGAAAGCGGUAUUAUGUCCACUGCCUGUGGCACUCCAGGAUAUGUCGCUCCCGAAGUCCUUGCACAAAAGCCAUAUAGUAAAGCGGUGGAUUGCUGGUCUAUUGGAGUCAUAACGUAUAUUUUGCUUUGUGGAUACCCCCCAUUCUAUGAAGAAACUGAAUCUAAACUCUUUGAGAAAAUAAAAGAUGGAUCAUAUGAGUUUGAGUCACCAUUUUGGGAUGAUAUUUCCAAAUCUGCUAAAGACUUCAUAGACUGUCUGCUGGAAAAAGAUCCCAAGAAACGAUACAACUGCGAGAGUGCCCUGAAACAUCCAUGGAUUGCUGGGAAUACAGCUCUCCAUCGUGACAUCUAUAGAUCAGUGAGCAUGCAAAUCCAGAAAAACUUUGCUAAAAGCAAAUGGAGGCAAGCAUUUAAUGCAGCCACAGUAGUUAAUCACAUGAAGAAAAUGCACAUGCAUACCAGUCAGAACAGCUCUGGACUUUCCAGUGAUGUAAAGAAUGGUUUACCCACCAUCAAAGUGUCUACUGCUACAAGACCAUGCACUCCCAGGACCAUCAGUGAGGAGCAAGGAAACACCUAUGAAAAUAAUAAAUUGCAUCCUGACAGAGAAGUCAUAGCAAAAGUAUGUGACACAUUGAAAGAGGCCUGUCACCCAAAAGAUACCAGUCAAGUGACUAUAAGCCAUCAGUCUCAGCAAUACAAUUCAUCUUGUAGAAAUUCAGGUGGACAAAAAACAUCUGAGAGUGAACUGUCUCAAAAGUCAAGUCAGGAGGUUCAAAACCCUAAGAAACCAAUGAAAAAUGUAGCACAGAAUUGUGCUACUCAAACCAGCCCAGUGCAUCCAUUGUCAGGUGAAACAUAUCAAACCUGUAUCAUGAAGGAUGGACACUCACAAACAAAAUCCAAGACUCAGGUCAAUCAAGCUUCCAAGUCUACCGAUGUAAGUAAACCAACUAUUGUUGAUACAAAUACAAAAGAAGUCAAGCAAAGUAAUCCAAAACCUAAAAAUAUUUCUCAAUCACUUGAUCUCCCAUCUCCACCUACUGUUAAGAAUGAAAUGCAUCGCAACUCAUUACAGAAAACACCUUCAACAAAUGCAUCAUCAAAAAAGCCAGCUUCACCAACAAAUGUUACAGCUAAAACCACUCAAAAGCCUCCAAUACAAAUAGGCCUCAAUUUACCUUCUCAAAAGACCCCAAUUAAGAAGGUCAAUGCCCAAUCCUGUGAUCAGGAGAGUUCAUCAAAGAAGAACAGUAGUCCCAAAAAGUUAAACUUAGACUAUGAUAUAUUGUGCGUGGAGCUCCCUCAGUGCAAACCUUUGGACUUAUCGAAUGGAACUGAGAAGAGUGAUAAGAUUCCUGUAACCACUAACCUAUAUGUGACUAAUGGAAUGUCAGUGGAAACUUAUGAGAAAGGAACACCUAUUUCAUGUACAGAAAAUGGCCUCGGAAAAAAAAGUCACAAAAAACAGGCUUUCAUGAAUGGUGUUACAGGACCAGGGAAAGCCACAAACUACACACACUGUGGCAGUGGCCAAACAGGGGUCUGCUCCAUUAUGUGACCACCAUGACAAUGCUUGGACUUACAGCAUUUCAUUAAGGGCUACACAGAGUAAAAUGUGUAUUGAAGCCAAACAUUGAUCACGCUUCAGAGGGAAGCAUGGAGAGCUUCCUUUCAUUUCCCCUUUAAGUACAUCGCCUGGAUAAGAAAGGCAUUAUUGAGGGACACAGCGGUGGUUUUUGUUACGAAGGGACUGAUUGCUAAUCAAGGAGACAUAAUGACCUCUUCAGUAUCACCAUGACUAGACUUGAAAGCCAUCUACAAGCAAUCAUGGACAUUUCAAGGAGGACACAAAUAUGUGUACAAUAAAGACUUCUCCUCGUGCAACAUAUGUACAAAUGUAAAUCUCAUUGGCAGCAACGCCUUGUAUAUUAUGUGCUUGCAGGUGUAGAUUUGUAUUACUUUUGUCAAAUAUUGGUGUUUUGGACUUGGUGAGCUACAGUGACCAUCAAGAGCCAUGUAUAGAUUCAUAUUGUAAAUUGAUGUUACACAUGUACACCCAUAAAUCUCUUGGUAGGCCUAAGGCUUAUAGAGGUGUGCUCUACAAGAAGCUAAAGAAGCUAUAUUUGUAAGUAUAGCAAACAGUUCUAACUGGAAAGGUCUUGGAAACA